AUGGCGGGUCCACAAAGAGGUUCGCGCGUCGUCUUCGUCGGAAACAUCCCGUACGACAUGUCCGAGGAGCAGCUUACCGAUGUUUUCAGAGAGGUUGGAAAAGUUGUCGGUUUCCGUCUCGUCAAUGAUCGAGAGACGGGCAAGUUCAAAGGAUAUGGAUUCUGCGAAUUUGAGGACCCCGAGACAGCCGCAUCAGCAGUGCGAAACCUGAACGAAGUCGAAGUUGGAGGUCGUGCGCUCCGCAUCUCGUUCGCCGACAUUGACCCACUCAUGGAAGGACGAUCUACACAACACGGUCAAUUUGAUCAGGAAGAUCUUCGCAGGAGAGCAGCAGCCGUUGGACGUGCCGGCAGACCGGGAACCUUUGGUCAUGGUGGCGCAAACAGGGGCGGAGGUCAAGCUGGAGGUGGAUGGCAGCAGCGUGGUCCUGCAGACAACGGCUUUGGGCAAAGGCAAUUUGGUGGUCAGGCCUACGGUGGCCAGGGUGGUCCUCAGAUGGGCGGACCUGCAGGCGGUGCGUACGGUGCGCCAGGAGCUGGGCCAAUGGGUGCUGGCGGUGGACCGGUCAAACUUCCACCAAAUCUUCCCACCGGCGUGCCACUUCCUCCUGGCGUCGGCUCGACGGAUGCUAUCACACAGACGCUCGCGACGCUGCCACCCAACCAACUGCUUGACAUCAUGAGCCAGAUGAAGUCGCUUGUUGCUACUUCGCCCGAUCAAGCGCGCGCUUUGCUAUCGGGCCACCCGCAAUUAGCCUAUGCCCUCUUCCAGGCCAUGCUCAUGAUGAACGUGGUCGACCCUGAGAUACUGCAGCGCAUCCUCGCUGCUUCUGGAGCCAUGCCUGGUGGUGGCGCCCCCGCCCCCGCCCCCGCCCCCGCCGCUGUUCCACCACACAUGCAACAGUCCGGCGCCAACAAUGGAGGCUCUGCGACACCUCCUCAGCACUACGGCGGUCCAUCUCCGGGAGGUGCUUAUCCUCCCAGCGCACGACCACCUCCUGCACCCUAUGGACAGCAAGGGUACGGCGGUCAACCUCAAGGAGCCCCGGCCAACGACCCAGCAGCAGCACUCGCGGGACAGAACCUGCCCGAGGAGCAAAAGGCGCUCCUUAUGCAGGUUCUUCAACUCACACCCGAUCAGAUCAAUGCGCUCCCGCCCGAUCAGAAAGCCAGCAUUCUCCAGCUCAAGGCCCAAUUUGGGCAAGCUUGA